AACUUUAACAAACCGCAAGCGAGAUGUCCGAUUCCGCCGGCGACAAUUCAAAACCCCGAGUAAUUGUUUUAGGAGGUUGCGGUUUCAUUGGUCGCAACUUAGUGGAAUACUUGAUAAGCAAUGAGCUGGUGAGUGGCUUGCGAGUGGUUGACAAGACUCCUCCGCAACUGGCGUUCCUAAACCCAACACAUUUGAAGUGCUUCGAGGACCCUCGUGUGGAGUAUCGGAGUGCAAACCUGAUUAACCCAACAUCAUGCGCCACCGCACUGGAGCCGAACGGGAAGCCAUGGGACCUGGUGGCCAACUGCGCGGGGGAGACGCGCGGGGGCCAGACGGAGGCGGUGUACGCGGAGGGUAUCGUCACACUGAGCGUUAACGUCGCCAAGCAAUGCGCGACGCUCGGUGUGCGACUAUUUGAAAUAUCCAGCGGGCAUAUGUAUAGCAGUGAUAAGCCCCAGAAAGAAGAUUGUCCCAUAGAGCCGUGGACCGUGGAGGGUCGUAUGAAGAGCCGCGUGGAACAGGAAUUCAAGAUAAUGAAGGAAGAACUAAACUACACCAUUAUAAGGCCAGCUAUUGUCUAUGGUGUUGGAGAUAGAAGAAGUUUAACACCUCGCCUGCUAUACGGUGGCAUAUACAAGCAUUUGGGGGAAACUAUGAAACUCCUGUGGACGGCCGACCUCAAAAUGAACACUGUGCAUGUUAAGGACGUCUGCCGAGCCAUAUGGACCCUGGGCUUGAAGCCGGACGCGAGGGGCCAGGUAUACAACGUGGUGGAUGAAGCCAGCAGUAACCAGGGUAGCCUCGCAGAGCUGGUUGCUGAAAUAUUCAAGAUUAACCACGACUAUUAUGGCACUACUAUAUCCACUUUGGCCAAGAACGACAUAGCGUCCGUGGCGGAGGAGGCCAACGACAAGCACCUCACGGCGUGGGCGGACAUCUGCCGCAAGUACGCGCUCGAGCACACGCCGCUCGAGCCCAGCGCGGGCGCAGAGCUUCUGCUGAACAAACAGCUGUGCCUCGACGGCUCCAAGCUCAGGGCGGUCAUGCAGAUGGACGUACCCAAACCUACCACCGAGAAACUUCUAGAGGUACUUCAAGACUACGCUUCCAUGAAUCUCUUCCCGAAGGAGCUUCUCCUAUGACCACUUUAAGUACCAAUUAGAAGUAAAUGUCGCUUAAAAAGUGUUUAUAUGUAUACCGCGCUAUUUUCACCACCUUGUGUACCACAGUUUAGCGAUCAUACGGAGCGGAUUCUGGAUGAAAUUCAAGUCUUAACUACGCAUGGAUCUCAUAUUGCAACAUUUCUAGUGUAUUACCGAGGUGGCGAUUCAAUAAUUUUUUUCGAUGCGAAUCGAGUUCAAGGUCACAUUUAGACUAGGUAUAUAAGAGAGAAAAGAAAAAGCAAAUAGAAGGAAAAAGAUAGCUAUAGCGUGUAUAUCUAAUACAAUCUGUUAGUUUUUUGCGUGAAACGUAGAAUUGUAACGUGACAAUGAUUUUAUAAGAGUUAAUUUACGAAGUUUAACUUAUAUAAUGGUGCUGGUGACGAAAUU